AUGUUUGUGCCUCUAGCUCGAUAUACAGCAAGUGCAAGACAGGAGCGGGCUUUUGCGUGUUCCAAGGCUCAACAUUCGAGACGCGUAUCCAUGUCGACUGGCAAGACUGUGCUUUAUAGUGCGCCAAACUCGCGCGGCGCUAUGGUCGAGUGGUAUAUUCGAUCGAUCAAGGCGCCAGUAGAAGUUGUAAACCUGGAUAUGGGCAAGGGAGAACACAAGUCACCAGAAUUUCUUCGAGUGAACCCGUUUGGUAAGGUUCCAGCGUUGGAGGAGACCGGCCCAGAGCCCUGGUCAUUGAACGAGUCGGGAGCGAUUCUCUACUACCUCGCCGAGAAGUAUGACCGGAACUUCCCGAAGGACGCGCAUCAAAGAGCUCAAAUACUGCAGUGGAUUCUGUUUGCGAAUGCUACACUGGCGCAGACUGCUUUUAUGGAAUCUCUCCGAGAGAAGCAGUUGCCUGGACUGCUUGCAGCUCUGGAUCAGCACUUCAGCAAGCAUACCUUUGCUGUAGGGGAGACGUUCACCGUUGCGGAUGUAGCGUUGGGCUCCUAUCUCGGCUAUAUUCCGAUGUUUUUCCCUGGGAAAGUCGAUAUGACGCCGUACUCACACCUGAAUGCGUACAUGGAGCGGGUAAAAGAACGUCAGGCGGCCGCGAGUGCGUGA